AUGUCCUUCAUGCAGGGAUUCAACACAUCGCCGGCGAACACCAUAGAAUUUACCCUCGGGAACUCGCUGAUCUCCAAUGUUCUCCUCGCAAACACGCCCCAGAUCGUCCUCAGUUUUGUCUACCUCUUCUACAACAACGUAUUCACCUGCAUGGUCAUGGCGCACGAGUACGCGCGCUUCGCAUCGCUGCCGUACCGCUAUAUCGUGCCCAUCAUGUUAAUCAUGGCGUUCAUGUACUGGUCAGUGUCGCGCAGCAUAUAUCUCGUACAACUCGAGAUUUAUGAUAACAACGGCGAGUUGAUAGCCGGUCGGUCUGUUACCGGAUGUGGGUACUCUCCGCCACCCAUUGUAUUGUCUCUGUGCCUCGGAGGUGCCAUGAUUCUGUUACUCCUAGGUCUUUCGGCUUGGAAAUUGGACCCGGGGAUGCCGAUCGCGGGAUCGUGUUCCCUGGUCAUCAGCGCUGCUGCCCAUGCUGGCCAGGACGAGGUCGACGCCGCGGCUCGUCACUUACAGUACGGCGUCAUCUCGGAGGAUGAUACUGGUGGCAGAGAUCGCCGGCGAGUGGGCUUUUCUUCGCGGCCUGUGGAGAAACUUGUUGCUGGCGAGACGUACGCGUGA